AUGUACACAACAGACACCCUCCCAACAAGCUUCUGCAUAGCCCAAGCAAUCGGCCUCAGUGGCGCCGCUUGGCUCUCGGGAAACAUAUUCUCUCUAUCCCUGAUGACAAUUCCAGCUCUCCUCCAAUCCCACAAAGAGCACAGGAUUCCCCUAUCAACAAUCACCAAACAAUGGGCCCUCGUCUAUGAAACGGGCAAGAACCGUGCCCCCCCGAUCGCUCUCUUCACCGCCACCACCCUCUUGUAUUUGUCCUGGGAGACGAGAGCACAGAGCACAUUGGCAGCGAUUGCACCACGGGGAGCUACAACUACGUAUGCGAUCGCUGCUGCAUUGACGAUUGCCAUUGUGCCGUGGACUAUCCUGGCUAUGAAGGGCACGAAUGAUGCUUUAAUGGAGAAGGCUAAGGUGGGCGUGCAGGAUGAGAAGGAUCCUCAGGAGGGCGAGAAGGUGCUGGGGUUGUUGAAUAGAUGGGCGUUGCUUAAUGGUGCCAGGGCUAUGUGGCCUCUCGCUGGGUUUUUGGUGGGUUUGUUGGCGGUUGCGCCUUGA